GCUGGGUCCGAUCUUGCUCCCGGAAGCUCCACGUCAGUCAGUGAGCGAGAGGAACCGGAGAAAUGCCUCUGCGACUUGAUAUCAAGAGAAAGCUGACUGCUCGGUCUGACCGAGUGAAGAGCGUUGACUUGCAUCCUACAGAGCCAUGGAUGCUGGCAAGUCUGUACAAUGGCAGCGUUUGCGUAUGGAAUCAUGAGACACAGACGCUUGUUAAAACAUUCGAAGUUUGUGAUCUUCCGGUCAGAGCAGCAAAGUUUGUGGCCAGGAAAAACUGGGUGGUCACUGGAGCAGAUGACAUGCAGAUCAGGGUAUUCAACUACAACACCCUGGAGAGAGUUCACAUGUUCGAGGCACAUUCAGAUUAUAUCCGGUGUAUCGCUGUACAUCCUACUCAGCCUUUCAUCCUGACCAGCAGUGAUGACAUGCUGAUCAAGCUGUGGGACUGGGAUAAGAAGUGGUCCUGCUCCCAAGUGUUUGAGGGCCACACACACUAUGUCAUGCAAAUUGUCAUAAAUCCUAAGGACAACAACCAGUUUGCAAGUGCCUCAUUGGACCGAACCAUUAAGGUUUGGCAGCUAGGGUCAUCCUCCCCCAACUUUACCCUGGAGGGGCAUGAGAAAGGUGUAAACUGCAUUGACUAUUACAGCGGUGGUGAUAAGCCUUACCUCAUCUCAGGUGCAGAUGACAGACUGGUGAAGAUCUGGGACUACCAGAAUAAGACUUGCGUACAGACCUUGGAGGGCCACGCACAGAAUGUGUCCUGUGUUAGCUUUCACCCAGAGCUCCCUAUCAUCAUCACAGGCUCUGAAGAUGGCACAGUACGGAUUUGGCACUCUAGCACUUACCGCCUUGAGAGCACUCUCAACUACGGCAUGGAACGGGUCUGGUGUGUGUCUGGUCUCCGUGGCUCCAAUAACAUAGCCUUGGGAUAUGAUGAAGGCAGCAUCAUUGUUAAGCUGGGACGCGAAGAGCCUGCAAUGUCUAUGGAUGCCAAUGGCAAGAUCAUCUGGGCAAAGCAUUCUGAGGUGCAACAAGCCAACCUUAAAGCAAUGGGUGAUGCAGAAAUUAAAGAUGGAGAGAGACUUCCAUUGGCUGUAAAGGAUAUGGGGAGCUGUGAAAUCUACCCCCAGACCAUCCAACAUAAUCCAAAUGGAAGGUUUGUGGUAGUAUGUGGCGAUGGAGAAUACAUCAUUUACACUGCUAUGGCGUUGAGAAACAAGAGCUUUGGGUCUGCGCAGGAGUUUGUCUGGGCUCACGACUCCUCUGAAUACGCAAUUCGAGAGAGCAACAGUGUAGUCAAGAUUUUCAAAAACUUCAAAGAGAAGAAGAGCUUCAAACCAGACUUUGGGGCAGAAGGCAUUUAUGGUGGCUUUUUACUGGGAGUGCGAUCUGUCAAUGGCUUGGCCUUCUAUGACUGGGAGAACACAGAACUUAUCCGCAGGAUUGAAAUCCAGCCCAAACAUAUUUUCUGGUCUGACUCUGGGGAGCUGGUUUGCAUUGCUACAGAGGAAUCAUUCUUCAUCCUGAAGUAUAUGUCUGAGAAGGUGGCUACUGCUCAGGAGACCCAUGAGGGUGUGUCAGAAGAUGGCAUUGAAGAUGCUUUUGAGGUACUUGGUGAAAUCCAAGAGAUAGUAAAGACCGGACUUUGGGUUGGAGACUGCUUCAUCUAUACAAGCACAGUGAACAGACUCAACUAUUACGUUGGGGGAGAAAUUGUUACAAUUGCACAUCUGGACAGGACCAUGUACUUGCUGGGAUAUAUCCCCAAGGAUAACCGUUUAUAUCUGGGUGACAAAGAAUUGAACAUAGUUAGUUACUCUUUGCUGGUGUCAGUCCUGGAGUACCAGACAGCUGUGAUGAGGAGAGAUUUUAGCAUGGCUGAUAAAGUCAUCCCCACCAUCCCCAAGGAACAAAGGACACGUGUAGCUCACUUUCUGGAGAAGCAGGGUUUCAAGCAGCAAGCUCUAGCUGUGUCUACAGAUCCCGAACAUCGCUUUGAACUGGCACUACAGCUUGGGGAGCUGAAGAUCGCAUAUCAGCUGGCAGUAGAGGCAGAGUCGGAACAGAAAUGGAAGCAGCUGGCAGAACUGGCCAUUAGCAAAUGUCAGUUUGGGUUGGCCCAGGAGUGCCUGCACAAUGCUCAGGAUUACGGAGGCCUCUUACUCCUGGCCACCUCUUCGGGCAAUGCACCCAUGGUGAACAAGUUGGCUGAAGGGGCAGAGAGGGACGGCAAAAACAAUGUUGCUUUCCUAAGCUACUUUUUACUUGGGAAGUUGGACACUUGCCUGGAGCUCCUUAUUUCCACUGGUCGUUUGCCUGAGGCAGCAUUCUUGGCACGGACUUAUCUACCCAGCCAGGUGUCCAGGGUAGUGAAAUUAUGGAAAGAGAGCCUGUCCAAGGUAAACCAGAAGGCAGCAGACUCAUUGGCUGACCCCACAGAAUACGAGAAUCUCUUUCCUGGUUUAAGAGAAGCCUUUUUGGGAGAGGAGUAUCUAAAGCAGAAGAACAAUGCACUGCCUCCAGCAAGGGAAUAUCGUAAUGUGACUCCAAAUGAAGAAAGAAAUGUUUUGGCCGAAUCGAAAGGAUUUGAGCCGUCUGAUGAAGCCAGCUCUGUGGAAGUGGAGAAAGAAAUACCAUCUCCCUCAUCCCAAGCAGUGCCUGUUUUAGAACCUGCCACCCCAUCUGUCCCUGCAGCAGAGAAGCCCGUUCCAAAAACCACAGAAGACAAGGCUUUCCUUGAUUUAGAAGAGGAUCUGGAUAACAUGGAGUUGGAUGAUAUCGACACAACAGACAUCAACUUGGAUGAUGAGUUUUCUGACUGAAUUUUACUCAAAAAACCUUUUAUUUAAGUGACCAAACGAGUUCUUUCCCUGGUUUAGGCAACUGGUCAGUAACUAGGCUCUUGCUCCCCACAUCCUUCCAGUCCCUGGAGGCCUAGACAAUGAGCCCAGACUGUGCAGCCAGGGCCGGGGAGCAGGAUAAUAGAGCUUCUCUUUAACAAGAAUCCACUCCUCACCAUACAUGUACUUUUGUUAUGUCUAAAACAGAUAUUUGAACACCUGUAAUAACUGAUGAUUAAUCCGUAUUGCUUUGAGCCUAUUUAGGUCUUCGGCAAAUAAGUGUGAUUAUCAUAAAAAGAUCAAUAAACAUUGUAAUACUUCGAGGCCUGACUUCUCGUUAAUGUAAUCAGAAAAAGGUUAUUAGAAUGGUUCAGCAUCUUCUCCAUGUCCACUUGGUGGUUUGUAGUAAAAUGUUAGGCUGGACACGACCCUUUGUUCUCUGCAGAAUAUGAAUAAAUCCUUUUCUGUCAGCA